AUGGCCGGGUCUCGCAAUGCUGCAUUUGCGGAAGAAAGCGCCGAGGUGGAAGUCUUAUUGGCGUCACUCACAAAGACCAAAGAUAUCACCAAGCGUAUUGCUGCCAGCCUGACGCGUCUUGAUACAAGUGGCAAGAUUGUUGUGGAAGCAAUUGGCCCAAUAUACAGCAACACUCAACAGCUACAGGUCACAAAUCGAAACAUUGAUAAGGUCAAUGAAGCCAUCGAGAAGCUUAGACAGCCACUCGAUGCCCGCGGCAGGGAAGAAGGGAUUAUUCGUGCUGGCCCAAAGAAUGCUGGCCUGCCCCAGUAUCUCAAUGCCUUGAAACGCGUCGAGAAAGCUUUGAAAGAUAUGAGUUCAUCCAACAUGAGAUCAAACCAACAAGCCAUAUCCGAAUUUCAAACUCUUCUAUCGACUGGCGUCAAUCAACUCCAUGACACAUACCGUCAGAUGCUGCAGGAAGAUGCCAACACUAUUGAACCCCUGCAUUUCAUCACGAAAGAGAUCCCAUUCCCAACGAUAUCUCCCGAGAAAAUUCAAACUCUUGGACCGAUGGCAAUGGCACUCCUCUCCGCCGGAGCUCAAUCAGCAAGAAUGGGACAACGAGAUGAUGACGCUGCCGCUCGCAUAUACGCUGAGAUCAGAGGUGACUACCUUCAGAAUAGCCUUCAGAAUCUUGCGGCAGCUUCAAUCAGCACUUCAAAACGACGAGCAAACGAUACUGGCAUCUAUCGUGAAGGGUCUAGCGGUAUUGGAGCCUACGCCAACGCAAUCGAGGGUAUGUUCAUCGCCGAAGCAGAAAACACGUCUAAGAUCUUCCGUGACGACGGUGGCCGCAUCUUCACAUUGACUUGCGGAAAAGCAAUCGCUACAUUUACACGGACAUUGGCUGAGCUAAACGGCGUUAUCAAAUCUCGUCUUAUGAACGACUGUUUCCUAGCAUACGAAAUCCUUGAUCUCAUUACCCCUCUUGGAUAUCGAAUCGAAAAACGGACCGGCCAAUUACGCACCCAGUUCGCCGAUGCUCUAAGACCACUCCGAGACACUGCACGAUCAUCACUGAAUGAAAUCCUUUCACAGACGAAGAGACAAGCCGAGUCGAUAGCCACCCUUCCUUCCGACGGCAACGUUGUUCCUCUCGUCACCCAAACAGCCACACGACUGCAAAACCUGGCAAAUUUUGAACGUCCAUUAUUGGUCCUCUUAUCUGCAAUGGGAGAAGGUAGUUGGCGGUCUGCACCAGCCGCAGCCUCACAAUCCACACUGAACCUCGAAUUGACACCCUCGACGGAGAACCCAACCUUGCUCUCGCACUACCUCCUUGAUAUCAUUGAGUCCCUCUUCUCCACCCUCAGCACACGGGCAACGACACUCCACCGCACGAAAGGCCUCCAGGGGAUCUUCCUCCUCAACACCGUCGCCGUCAUCACCCGUGCCGUCAAUUCCAGCCCGGACCUGGCCCGCUACCUGGCCAUCAGCCCACACAACACCAAACUGGAUGCAUACCGUAAGACGGCCUCGUCAUUGUACAUGUCGGCAUGGCGGGAACCAUCAGGCCACCUAUUCGACACCAUCCACACCUCGGGCCCAUCAGCCUCAUCAAGACCCAUGUCCUCCGCGGCGGGUGCCAUCGACAGCACCCAGAUCAUCAAAUCACUGGGCUACAAAGACAAAGACAAGAUUAAGGAGAAGUUCAAGCUGUUCAACACGGCCUUCGAUGAGCUCAUCGUCCGCCACAAAUCCUUGCACAUGGAGAACGAAGUGCGAAGCUCUGUCGCCCGCGAGAUCCAGAGCCUCAUCGAACCGCUAUACACGCGGUUCUGGGACCGUUACCAUGAGGUCGACAAGGGGAAGGGAAAGGUGGUCAAAUACUCCAAAGCGGAGUUGGCCAGCAUGUUGAGCAGUUUGUAG